GGGUUGCACAAGUCCCUGCCAUGGCAGCAGCGGAGGGGAAGGACCCGCUAGGCUUCUUCGCGGCGUACGGUAGCGACAACAGCUCGAGUGCCGGCUCGGAUACCGAGGACGAGGAAGGCUCGGGCCGAGGGGCCAAGGCGUCUUCACAGCAGCCCCAGAACGGCAUCCCCGAAAGGAAAUCGCGCUUGCCUGGGCCCGACGAGCUCUUCCGCAGCGUGAAUCGACCGGCUUUCCUCUAUAAUCCGCUGCAUAAGGAGAUCGAUUGGGAGAGUCGCGUCGUGCGAGCUCCCGAAGAGCCUCCUAAGGAAUUCAAGGCAUGGACCACAAAUGCUGUGCCUCCCCCGGAGAUUUACGCUGUCAAAGAAAAAAAGCCGCCACCUCCUCCAGAACGUGAUAUGGCAAUCAAAUGGUCAAAUAUCUAUGAAGAUAAUGGAGAUGAUGCUCCAAAGCAUGUAAACAAUGUACAUUUCUUACCAGAAGAAGAACAAGAACACGUUGAGUCAGAUGGUGAAAAAGAUGAACCCAGCUCAUUUAAGAAACGCAAAUUAAACCCUGACGAGCAGCCAAAGAAGAAAAAGCAGUGAAGAAUUGGAUAAAGACUCAUUAAUUUAUCAAUGUCCAAGUUCUGAUCUGGUUGAUGUUUGAUAUAAAUGUCAAGUCUAUUAAUGCAAAUGUUUCUAGUGGAAACCUUUUAAUUGCAACACUUUUUAAACAUGUUGUGGUAAUACAGUAUUUUUGCUCAUACAGAUUUUGGAAGUUUGUCAUAUUCUCUUCCUGCUUAAAACAAAAUUCUUGUGACACUAACAACCUUAACAUACAUGUUAUAAAUUUGUUGGCAUUUAAACUUUAAUAUUUGGAGCAAUAAGCAAAUAUUAUGAAACCUACUACAUAUGAACAAUGAUGAUAUGUGAAAUGUAAAUGUAAUAACUGUUUACUGAGCUACUAUUGUGAUAGAUUUUUUUUCUUCUUAAUAAAAACGCCAUUUUGGGGGGAGGGAGAGUUUUUAACUGCAUUGUGGUGAAAAUGAUUUUUUUUAAAUGUUUGUAAAUAGUUUACUAAAAUAAAGCUGCAUGUGUCAAAGGUACAUUUAUUACAAAUUUCACCGAUUGAAAUUGUAACUGAAAACUGUAUUCCUCUGUAGUGUUAGACAAACAUGUAUUUAUAUAAGAUGAAUUAGUGAUAGCUUGGAGACUAAAUUCACAAAUAUUUUGCUUCAUAGUUUCCAAGAGAGCUCAGCAUGAACAGCUUAAUCUAGAAACAGUCUAACAGCCAUACAAAUAUAAGUAUGAUUUUAAUGAGAUAGAAAAUAUUCUCAUGAUUGAGACAGGAUUGAAGUUAGAUUUUUUUCCUACAUCACUUGUCUUUUCCCUUGAGACCUGUCUUGGCCUGCAAUUGUGGAUCAAAUCUUUGGUAUUUACACAGAAUUUCUGGCUGUGAACCUAUUUGUUUUAUAUACUGUUCCUUUGGUUUUAUAUUGCAAAUUGACUUGCUGUUGUCCAAUAAUUAUCCCAAGAUUAUUUAGGCAAUUUUGAUAAAGUACUGAAAUAUCUCUUUGAAAGUGAUUGCCCCUGGUUUACAUCUUAGAAAUUUCAUGGCUACUUCCCAUAAUAUGAGUUAAUUCUAUGGGAUUAACUCAUACAAUGGUUUACUCAAGGCUUUCUAAUGGUUUUUGUUUCAGUUCAUAUUUAGGUUAUUUGCUCUACAAAAUAUCUCCAAGCUCUGAUUUUGAAGUUGCAGUUUUCUUGUUAUAUUUCCAAUUUUAAUUUUUAGUAUAUCAGUCUUAAAAGGUUUGUUUUUCUGUUUAAACCAUAUUAAGAAGAGAUUGAGCAAUUAACAAUAUUCAUGGGCACAGUUCAAGUAAUUUGAAAAAAAUAUUUGAUAUUUCUCUCCUUUUUAUACUCUCGCAUAUAAAAUAAACUGUUUCCACUUUGGUGGUAUAUGAAAUAGAACUUCUUUCAUACUGUAUCCCAUUUUUGGGAUACAAUUCUAUAUGAAAUAGAAAUAAAAUUAUAUAUAGGAGGAGGAUUAAGAUGCUUCAAUUGUUGAUUGACAAAGAAAAAUACAUCAAUAUAUAGCGUUCCAGGGACUAUUUCUUCUAUAUGUUUGAUGUGAUGUUUUUAUAUAUAUUGUACCUAUAUAUUUUCUGAAGUGAAUUGUUUUUAAACAGGUAAAAAUUAUCCUGUUGAAUCU